AAAAAAAAACUUGGCAUCGCUGGCUCGAACAGCAUUAAAUUUUGAUCGAGAACUUAGCAACCAACACUUGCUUUGUUAUUGUCGAUAUACUGUUAUCUUCCCAUUAUCUGCGUAGGAGCUAUCGGGAGAUUACCGUGGAUUGCAUAGUUCAAUAAAACUAUCGAUAGGAAUGGAUUUUAAGGGCAAGGUAGUUCUAAUCACGGGAGCCUCGUCGGGCAUCGGCGAAGGAACGGCCAAGUAUUUAGCAAAUCUAGGAGCAACGUUGGUGUUGACGGGUCGAAAUGUGAGCAAUUUAAAUCAAGUUGGAGCAGCUUGCGAAGCCAUAUCGAAGCAAAAACCGCUCCUGUUGACUGCGGAUGUCUCCAAGGAGGAAGAUAAUGCUCGUGUUAUUGAGGAGAUUGUUGCGAAAUUUAGCCGACUGGAUGUACUAAUUAAUAAUGCCGGUAUUAUUGGUAGCGGAUCAAUUGAGGAUACAAGUUUGGAACAGUAUGAUGAGAUAAUGAAUACGAAUGUAAGAGCUGUGUACCAUCUGACCAUGUUAGCCGUACCGCUUUUGAUUGAGAGCAAAGGUAAUAUCGUAAAUGUGAGUAGUGUGGCUGGUAAUAGGUCUUUUCCGGGGAUCCUGGCUUAUGGAAUGUCCAAAGCGGCAAUUGAUCAGUUUACGCGCUGUACUGCACUUGAGCUAGCACCGAAGCAGGUUCGCGUGAAUGCGGUGAACCCAGGCGUAAUUAUUACGGAUAUCCACAAGCGUGGAGGAAUGGACGAGCAAGCAUAUGCGGCUUUCCUCGAGAAAUGCAAACAAACUCACGCUUUGGGUCGCCCCGGUGUUCCGGAGGAAGUGGCCGCCACAAUAGCAUUUUUAGCGUCGGAUUCGGCCAGUUUCAUCACGGGAGUUACACUUAAUGUUGAUGGUGGACGGCACGCCAUGUGCCCCAGAUAAGAGGUCAGCCGCUAUUUUACCGUUCAAGUAUUAUUUCGCAGUCUUAGAAGGUACAGAAACUGGUAACACGGAUACGUGUAGGAUAUCACCAAAUCUCGCAGGAAAAUUUGAAAUUUGCGAAGUACUACCCAACAAUAAACACUUUUUUACUGCGGCUGAAACAGACGUCCAAAAUUGCAUUUUCCAAAGCAGGUAUUUUCAACUAAAUGUAAUUUCAACACAUAGAAAGGGAGCCACAUAUUAUAGAAAAUCAUAAAUCAACGUAAAGAUAAAUAAUACCAAAUUCCCUAUUUAUUCAUUUAGAAAAGAUUUGUGCCUUACAAGCAUUAAACACACUUGAAGUAAAAAAUUUAACAAGUGAAUAUUACAGAAUUAAAUAAAAUUUAAUCUUGAUACUUGGACCAUCGGCCACGUUUAUUUAUGCGAAUUUUGCGAAAAUGUAAAUUCGGAAAACAGGUAAACAAUCCUGCGAAUCAUCAGUACAUUACGCGGAGAGUCAAUCAUAACAUAGGAUUCGCCGACAAUUUUGAUGCUGAUAUACCGAAACGUAAACUAUUCGAAUCAAAUAGGAUCUACGUAAACUAUACACAGGUAUUUUAGAAAUUUUUGGAGAUUCGCAAUUUUUCACACCUUUUCCUAAAUGCUGAAAAUUUUGUGCCACAUACUCCAACUAAGAAGAAAGAUUGUCAAAAGCGGUCUUUAAUUAAAUUUUGAUUUAUUCAAAGUUACAACAGAUAUAAAUGCAUUCGAAUACAGCCGUUUGUGGCUGGCAAUCACUCUAAUGGGAAAAGAACGUCAUUGAGUAAAUCCAUUUCAUCACUUGAUUCCCUGACAUACCCACAAACGACGAUCUUUAUCUCGGGCACAUCGCAUGACGGCCGCCAUCCACCGGCAGGCUAGCUCCAGUGAUGAACGAAGCUGACUCACUGGCCAGAAAGGCGAUCGCAUCGGCAACCUCGGUAGCCUGUCCCGGUCUACCCAUAGCAUGCGUAUUCUUGGAGUGUUCCAAGAACUUUUUAUACGUUUCCUCGUCCAUGCCGCCGCGUUUGUGUAGAUUCGUCACCGUCACUCCUGGGUUGACACAGUUGAUGCGAACAUUUUUGGACGCCAGCUCGAGAGCGACGCAGCGAGUAAAUUGAUCUACCGCCAUUUUUGAAAUAUUGUAAGCUAGCACUCCCGGGAAAGAUCGGAUUCCGUUCACGCUGGACACGUUGACAACAUUUCCCUGCGAUUUGAUUAGAUGUGGGACUGCCAACAUUGUCAGAUGGUAGAUGGAACGAAUGUUGGUAUUCAUAACUCGAUCAAACUGCUCCAAACUGGUAUUCUCGAUCGUUCCUGUUUCGAUAAUCCCAGCGUUAUUCACCAACACGUCCAGUCGGCCAAACUUAUCAAUAGUAGCGUUUAGAAUUCUUUCCGUGUCCGCCUGUUGGGUGAUAUCGCCUGGGAUGAUAAAGGGUGGCACCGAGCCGGCAGAGCAUUCCUUGGCGACAUUGGUCAGAUUGUCCACCUUGCGACCGGUCAGCGCUAGUGUGGCCCCCAGCUGGGACAGCUUGACAGCAGUAGCGGCACCGAUUCCGCUGCUGGCUCCUGUGAUAAGGAUAACUUUUCCGGCGAAAUUCAUCCUUGUAUUACGUAAAAUCACCGACCGGCUAACAAGCUAUACAAGAUAAGUGAGAUUGUGCGAACGAAA